CAAUGCACUACAGUAAUCAGACCCCCUGUGUAAAUUGGACUGUGAUAAAUGAAACAAAACUGUUAAAGGUUUGGGUUUUUCCUUUUUCGCAAUUCUCAAAGCUUUCUUAAUCUUGAAACUGAUGAAAUUUUGAUCAUAACCGUUCAAGUUAUCGAUUUACAACAUGAGUGCAUUACUAGACAUUGACAAGAUCGACGACAUCAUGGAGAUGGCAAACACAAUGGCGACGCUUAAAAUUCCGUCCAAAGGGCUGAAAACGUUGGACCAAAUGAAAGCAAAAGUGAAAGAGACACUCCAGUCGUCAGAGAAGAAGUCAAGUUGGACGGCAAAGGAGGUGAGAACCCUACAAUAUCUUUUUAAAAUAUGGACAACCAGCAAACUCAAUUUAUAAACGACAUUUUCAGUACAAUGGCGGAAUUAUCUAGAUGUGACCUUUAAUAAAUGGUAGACGCAGACCAUAUCGUGAAAUUCAGUAACGAAUUGUUGAACAAUCUCUUCAUGCUAACUGAGUCAUCGUUUGCGAUUUUAUCUCAUGGCGAUCCAUUCAAUGAUGGCAUCUCAGAAAUGAUUAGUACUUGAAGAAACCUUAUUCUCGUGGACGGAAAUCGUUGCACUCGUCAUUCACUCGCCAAAUGUUUCUCUAAGUUCACAGUACGUAGAGCAAUCUAAAAGGCAGCUAAUUACUUAUUGAUACUUCCAUAAACGAUUCUUACAACUGGGUGUCAGCAAAAUGAUUAAAAAUACGAAAUUGGAAAGUUUUGCUUCUACUGUAAGAGUUUAUCAUGCAUACCGCUGUCGUUAAUUUAGUAGGCUUCGUUGAGCAACGAUCGUGCUUUGAGGGUUCAAGUUGAUAAUACGGCUCCUAGAACAUCGAGGAUUGAAACAUUUUGGAGAAAUCUACUUCAAUUCUGCUUUUUCCUAUCGCUUUGUGGUUUUAGUUCGAAAACAUGUUAACCAUUUGGGAAAAUGUUGACGAUUGUAUCAGGUUUACAUUUCUUCAUUUUCUUAGAAAUGCUUGCAUAAUUUCUGUAAAAUAAAUGAUCACGGACUUAAAGCCUGGAGUGAGCCGAUACUUUUAUACGGUCAAAGGAAGCCACAGAUGCGUUAUACUAUUCGUAAUCGUCAGCGAAGAGUUGUAGUCCUUUCCUGCUAUGGCUAAACAUCAAAAAUUGUUUUUGUUCACACAAUACAUGCAUAUUUACCUAAGUAAUCAUGGGUAACUUACCGCAAACAAUAGCUAUCGAUGGUUGCAUUGCGGCAGUUUUUGAGCUAAAACCAGCCUAAUGGGUCUAUUCCCUAAAUUAAGCUGCGCUCAGAACAGCGAUGUGAAUCUAAAAGUGAUGUUACUAGUUAUAAGGAUUUCCAAAAUGACUGUAAAACGGUUAAAUUAACCAAUUAGGCUGAAAAGUAAUAAUUAAUUUACACAGGCGAAUGUUGAUGCACAGCAUUUGUUUCAUUUUGUGCCAUUUAUCAGGCCUUUUCAGUGUUGACGGAGGCAAAGAAAGAAGACGAGAGAAAACGAGCAACCUUGCUCGGUUUCUACGAACGCACAGAUGAUUGCUUGCAAAGUAUGGAUGGAAAAGUUCAUAACCUUUUAGAACAGAACAUCGGGAACCUCAAGGAAAAAAUCGCUUCCCACAAACAAAAUCUGCUGAAAAAGGAGUACAUUGUUCUUGUUGCAGGUUUGUUAUAAAUAAAUAGUUUGACCGCCACUGCUUUGAAAUUUUAGUUUCACCAACUUCCUCAACCAAUAGACUUAAAUUCAAGACUGACAAAGAAAAGAAAGCUUCAUUCAGCUAUUCUACUAAUCCAACCUCAGCUAAUUAGAAAGCUAGCGAUCGAGCCAUGAAGUAGAAUAAAACUAUAUUUCUUUUAGGGUAUUACACUCAGUAUAUUUCAUCCUCUCUUAAUUGACAUUUCGUGUAAUAUACUCCCUUAAGUUAUAUUUACCCUUAAUAACUUAAGAUCAGUUUGCAUAUUCCCCAUACUGUUCUCUAUACAUUUCCUAAGGUACUGACAAGGAGUCUUUGUUUAACAAUCACGAGCUCCUUUACUUGAUGAUCAUUUCCUUAGUUCCCAUGACCUGAAUAUGUGAGUUAGAGGUGACCUUGUAAGGAGAAAUUAGAUGCUUGUCACUCUUAGUGGUUAAAGGGUUUAUAAAGGGAACUUUAUCCCUAAUAUCUUCUAAUCAAACUUGACAGUCACACGAAGACUUUUUUAAUUCUACGGAAACCCUGAAUCUCACAACAUUUAACUUUUAUUGAUGGACUAAAGACCACUCAUUCAAUUAUCAAAUUUGCUACUUGGUUCUUGUAUGUUGUAAGGGGCUCCACUGACCUGUCCUUUCACCUCACGACUUUUCCCAAACAUCCUACUCUUAGUACACAGGCCCCUAUUCAAACCAGGUUGUAGCUGAACUUGGCUAGCGUGGUUGAUAAUUAAAUACAAUACACUUAUGAAAAAAUGAGUGGACAAAGUGGGAAUCUGCUGGUCCAGACCAACUAAGACUAUUUAUUGAUAGUUACUUUAACGGAAGUCUGUCUUUUGAACGUGGCACAUAAUAUGGCCAACCUCGAGCUGCUAUCUGGGUGAAAGCUAUAUAAUUGUGGACAGCAAGAGGAAUAGUUUUUUUAUGAAAACGAAUUAGAAGAAGAAGGGGGAAUGGUGUUUUGUUUGGGAUUUCUGGUGGAAACGACCUGGGAAGUAGAUUCUCUUGUUCGACGUAACUUAAGUAGAAUCGACCCAUUCUUACCAAUGUUUUUUUUCGUUCCUCUCUCUCUCGCCUGUUUAUACUUACAGGCGAAACAAGUUCAGGAAAGAGUACUUUGUUAAAUCUUAUCCUUGGAGAGCAGCUUCUUCCUUACGCCGUUCUGAGUACCACAUCCACCAUCUGUGAACUAAGAUAUGGAGAUACACCAAAGCUAGUGGCGCACUUUAAAAACAAAGAAUUAGGGGAUACCACAAAGACUGUCGUCUUAGAAGAGCCGUCUGAAGCCUCCGAGCGGAGUUACCUUCAACAGAUUUCCGAAUUCGUCCACUUAAAGACGAACAGAGAAAGGGGCUCAGAUUACGAAAAGAUUGAGUUGUUUUGGCCACACAAUCUGUUGAAGGUUAGACAUGAGCAAGCUCAGUAAUUAUUCGGGGUCUAAGAAUUGACCUUAAGAAACAUAUUGUCGAUGUCAGCAAGCUUAAGAAUGUUCGUGCAUAAAUGUAUUUUACGAUUUAUAACUGUCUUUUAUAUUCCUUUAUAACUGAAAUUGAUAUAAGGGUUGUUAGAGAAAUUUAAAGUCUCCAAAUUCCUAACUUUUCCUACAUCAUUUGCCAUUCUGCAAAGUAACUCCUUGCACACGUUGUUAUUUAGAAUUUUACUCGGUUUUUGUCGCUAUUUUGUCAUAAGAACUUAUUGUUGACAUCUCAAACGAAUAGUUACACACAUCUCUUUUGAUGUAUCACAAAUAAUUGAGUGACAGCAGUAUCGACUGAAAGUCACGUCCGACUAAAUUCUGACGAUAAAUUCGGCUAAGGAUGUCAAAAUGUCACUUAAAAGGAACAGAUAUAGAGGACGUUAGAUUGAGAGUUGAGAAUAAUCCGGACUUAAUCUCGCUCUGUGAUUGGUCCAGAAAACUCAUGCCAAUUGAUCAACCAAUCACAUUCAAAUUAAAACCAAUCGCAACUGACUUGCGUUUUCCCCUGAAAAGAGUUGUUCGCUUGUUUUUUCUUUGGGUUCUCUGAUUGAUUGUUGUGAUUACUUUGAGUUUGGUCUUAUGACAACCAAUCGAAAAGCACUCUAGAGAGGGAUCCCUAAGGCCAAAGGUCAAAUCGCAUAUGUGAUCUGCGGAUUAAGAAAUGAAAAUGAAAGGGAUCUUCGCAGUAAUGAACACUACUUAACCAGUAGUGAAAAUAUGGUAUCAAAAAAAAAUUUAGGCCUGUACAGAGCGUGAAAUUAAUUUUUUUUCUGAUAGCCACUUCGCUCCUAAAUUUUUUUAAAGUGGUAGCCAAUUAAAAAAAAGUUGGUCGCCAUUUUUAAAGACAAACAAAACCUUUUUUUAACGAUGUCAGCGUUCUCGAUAGGCCCUCCAAAAUUAGGUUAGGUGAAAGAUCUCUAACGUGCUACAAAUUGGACACUAGGAUGGAUGAAUUACAACGCUCAAGCUCACCCAAAUCCAAGAUGGUGUCUAGUCAUCGAUUUAGAUGCUUGUGCUGCGUUUUGGAAACAAACUUAACGAGGAAGUUUGCAGCGGCUUUAUCUUUGCAAAUCUUUUGAAUUCACUUUAUUUCUAAUUAAGGUUAUGACGAAGCAUUCUAGUCGCCAUUUUGGCGACCAAUUUUCAGGAUUUGUUCGCCAAAGUGAAAAAUUUAGUCGCAGUGGCGCCUGUAUUAGGCGCAAUUUCACGCCCUGCUGUAUGGGAUUUGAAGAUCGAAGAUCGAAGCAAAGAUCACUUUCGUAUUCAAUAUUUUGCUAGUGACAUCUCAUAUUUUACGUGUCUUUUAGGAAAAUAUCGUAAUAGUCGACAGUCCAGGAAUUGGCGAAUCUACCAUCAUGGAUGACAUUGUAAAGGAGUACCUUCCGGAAGCUUUCGCAUUUAUUUACGUCAUCAAAAGUGAAAACGCCGGUGGAAUACAGCGAGAUAGGGUAAGGCACUUUAAAAUGCGAAAUGCCUUCUCAUUGCAAAAAUAAUUAAAGGAAAAAUGUGCUGCAAGACUCUUACAAUUUUUUGAAUCCUCUAUUUUAAAGAUGUGUAAGACUAACUUAACUGUUCAAAACUUUUCGUCAAAUGAGCUAGAAGAAGGAACAUAACGAACGUGAGUUGCUCCUGCAGAGCGGUUACGCGAGGCAUGAAAGCGUUUAGAAAAAGGUAAUGUCUGAACUAGCCAAAAAGAGUCGACAAAUAGCUAAUUCUGUGUCUUUGCCUUCAGGUAGAAAAGCUUAUCGAACACGCCAGACAGAUAUCUCUUGACAAACAAAGGGAAUCUUCCUCAAAUUGUGCCCUAUUCGUUUGCAACAAGUGGGACCAGGUGCCGUCAAAAGAAUCUGACGAAGUUAAGAACUAUGUAGUGACGAAGCUCACGCAGUGCUGGCCUUCUUUAGAUCCAGAAUCUCAGAUCAUUUAUAUGUCAGCAAAAGAAGCCAGUGAAGCUCAGAAGCUUGGAGUGGUCACGGAGGAGUUUGCUGAACUAAUGAAUGGUAUCAGGUCCAUGGUGUUGAAAUGUAUUGAAGCAAGACUACAGAUUCAGUGGAGGUAAAUUGCUUUAAAUCCUUAGCGACAAAAUUAUUAUUCAAGAAGUUGCAUCUCAGUUGAAAAUGUCGUUUUAGUUCUGAGAAUUGGAAUGAAAAAUAUCCUUAUUUUGAUUGGCUGCGCAAAAUGUAUUUUUCAGGCAACAAAAGGCAUAAGCCAAGGUAAUAAAGUGCAUAAAAUGUUAACUCAGUGCGAAAAAAGCAAGAAACUCUUCAGCCUGGCUUUGCAUGAAUAAAUAUAGUGACGAAGUAUAAAAGACAAUUGAAAAAAAUUUCCUUUAUUCUCAGGUGGCUUGACUAUCUUCUUGCACGUAUGGCCCUCCACACGAAAGCGUUCAUUCGUAAUUCGUCCGAGGAUCGUAAAAAUGUGAUAGAUAGAAUGAAGUUUAUCACUGACCGCCUCCAAAGUAUUGAGAGGCAGCAAGGUACUGUAAGCAAAGAGCUGCAGUCAUACCUCGAAAACAAGACAGACCACGCUGUGAGUACACUUUCCAGAUACCUUAAGUCUCCAGAAGUUAUUGAGCAGUUUUCUUUGUGGACAUUAGAUGACGUUCCAAGUACUGAAGAAAGCUGGGAACUGACUAAGAGUUACAUCCAAAAGGCGCUGAUGAGGCGACUUCAAGAAAAGAUAGAGGAAUGGGAAGAAAAGAACCAUAUCUUUUCCGAUGCUCGCGCCUCUUUGAUUCGAUACUUUCAGGAGAGGUUCAGCUACGUCGAAGGUCAACUUCGGAUGCUGGAGGGCUCUGUCCUAGCCGGAGAUGCUGUCGGCUCAGGAAGUGACCCUCUGGCAUCGGAUGACUUUAGUGUCGCCGAAAAAGUCAUCAUCGGGGUCACAAGUCCAAUUUGGGUUCCAGUUGGUCUGGUUGUCCUGGUGGUCAGUGUCCCGGUAGUUGGCGCCAUAGCACUUAAAGAGAAGUUGGAAAACUGGAAUAAAAUAAGACAGUACAACAAAAACAAGUGUGCCUUUAUGGCGAAAGCUUCCCAAGAAUAUCUGAAUGAAGCAGCUGAAGAACAGCAUCUAAAGUCGUACGUGAUGGAACAGCUUAAAGAAGCUCAGGUUUGUCUUAAGCAGGUCUUAGAACGGAUCCCUCAGCUCAUAGAAGAGGACAAAAUGCUGUGUCAACAAUUGAGAGAUGAGAACCGUUCUAAGAAAGAAGUAGAAGAUUUCUACCAACCGCUACACGAGAGGAGUGUAAAAAUAAGGGAUGAGAUGGCCCUGUUUGGCAUUAAAGAGGUUCGCACCAUGGACAUCAGUGGCGACGAUUUGGAGUGGCAAGACUAUGCACCUCUUGGAAAAGGAGCAUUUGCUGCUGUUUAUCGAGGGAAAUUAAAGAUGCGAGGAAAGGAUAAACCUGUAGAUGUUGCUGUGAAAGUGUGGAACGAGGAGCUAAACGAAGAUACUGCUAGUGGCAUUCUUUCCGAAGCAGAGAUACUCAGGUUGGUUUUAUUAUUUUAUGGAUCUUGAAAUGUUAUAUUGGAUAUGAAAGAAGGCCCAACCUACCAAAAACCUUGGGGAAGCACUAAAUAUAUUCUGGCCGGUAGCCAAUGAGAUAAUUUCUUAAUCGUAAAAUUCUUUUCUGUCCAUGGAUCUCAUCGUAAUAAGGGGAUUUCUUUUAAUUACAGGAUAUUUUUUUGACGCUUUCAUAGAAUUUCACAGAAUUUAAGGCACAUCGGGAUAUUAAUUAGAACAACCUUUACGGGGAGACAAAUCACCAUUCAUUUUCCCAACAAUUCAUCACCCUUACAACUCAUAAGUUGGACUAGUGUCUAAUUGCUCCGUACAUCACCGCUGAAUCAAGCAUAAGGUCAUGAAAAUAAGGGAAGUGAUCACCAACAGCAGAACUCUUGAUUGAUAAUCAAAAUUUUCUUGUCAGUAUUAGAAAAUGUUUGGAUGACAGCAUAGAGAAUAAGCAUACUGUUUUAUGAUUGUAAGUUGUUUUACGGUACGUUUUUUCAUGUAGGAAACUGAAUUAUCCCUUUAUUGUAAAGUUCUAUGGUACAGCACUGCGCAAGGAAGGGGAGCGGCUGAAAGCAAUACUGGUGAUGGAGCUCUGCAAGGAAAACUUGAGGCACAUUUUUCGGCAUGAAGGUAAUAUACCUGGAAAAUCAUCAACUGCUACAGCUGCGAGAGACGUGAUCGGAUGGGCAAAAGAUAUCGCCAAUGCUUUGGAAUACAUUCACAAACAAGGUAUCGUUCACAGAGAUCUCAAGCUGGAAAAUAUAUUGGUGAGUUAAAAAUUGGGACUAAUGGUUAUCGUGACUAUUUAUAAUUAUAAUCAUCUUCUUCCUUCUAGACUCAUCUCGCACUUCAUCGAAUUCUAAUUCGCUCGCUUUCACCCAGUUUUCCUGCUUUCUACGUGGGAUACCUGUGGCAGACCACGCUAUAAAUUGGCUUGAGCGUCGUUGUAGUCAGAUGUAGAAAUUACCCGCGUGGUUCUGCUUCUCAAUGAAAUUGGCUGGGGUUGGAUGGGCGACCGUACAUGAUAUCCUGUUUUGUCUAGUUUUCGAUUUAAUUCCUGUACAUUGAAGGAUCAGCAUUAAAUUCAUUGUUUUCCACGUAAAACCAGUGUGAAUGAAGAUAACGACUAACGUAUCCCAAGUUAACACCUCCAGGCGUCUCGUUCUCACUAUGUCUUGCCUUCUUUUAAGAGGUCUCGUCUGUUUCGGGUUCCACUUCGAGAAACCUUCAAUAUUGUAAUCCCUCGGUUUCUACAGGACAAUUUUUCUUAAUGGAAAUCACAAGCGGUUAAAAUGUUUAUCGUUUUAUCGAAAACUAACAUAAACAAAACUGACUCAACUUAGAGGGGUUAAAACUUUGUAUUAAAACUGGUUAUGAUGCGUUUCAAAGAUAUUUUGAAAAUAGCGACAGAUUUUCGGCCUUUCCUGACGACUACCCUUUUUUAAUAUGACUUAAUUUUUUUAACAGCCGAAAUUUUUUUACUUUGGUACUAGAAAUAUAUCAAUUUCCAUGGAAUUUAUCUAAUUUUCCCACAGCUGUCGCAAGAAAAUAUUGUCAAAGUAGCCGAUGUCGGUGUUUCUAAAGAGGCCAAAGCGAUCACGGGUACCAUGGUGGGAACUCCUUUGUAUCUCGCUCCUGAAGUGAUCAAGUCCCGUUUGUACGAUUACAAAGCAGACAUCUACAGCUUCGGUAUAAUGCUCUGGGAGAUGUGGUAUGGUAUCAGAGCCCUUCUUGACGUGGGAGGAAAUGUGCAGGAGUUUUUUGAAAAAGUUGGUGAGGGUGUAAGACCUAAACAUGUCCGAGGCUCGAAAAAGCCUCCACCUUGUUGGCACGAGCUGAUGCAGCGUUGCUGGGACGAAAAACCUGAUAACCGACCAGAUGCGAGCGAGUGUUACGAGAAGUUGGCUGAGCUCUAUCAGGAAUUUGGCGCACCAUCCUCAUAAACACUGGUUAUUAGGCAACCACCUUGAACGUAUUUACUAUUCAAGUGGAGACUGUUUUGGAGUAAUAGUGAUUCAGAGUGUUUUAAGAUAUCCCAUAUGACUGUUAUAAAAAUUAGGUUAGCCUCACCCGCACCAAUCUUCUCUUGGUUCGUACAUCAUAGAAACUUAUUCUGGUCUUAAUCAGUACUGAUGCUAAGGACUUCUAUGGAGAUCAGUGUCAUUUUGGGUGAUUCAGGAAAGGCUUAAUUAAGCGCACAGGUGUAGGUGGCUCCUUUGGUGCUCGUCUGUCAGAUGAUCUUUUGUUACGGUACAGGGUUGUUAGCCCACUGCCCUUCCCUGAACCUAAAAGUGGCUUCGUUAGGGAUGAAAAUUAAAACAAGAAGUGUAUGAAAUACAUAGAUAAUUACACAGUGAGUUGACAGAAUGUAGGAGUGGUGUAUGGUAGGUCUCUAAGUCUCUGCAGGAUGAUUGUUGAAAUAUGUAUACUAUUCUUAUGUCCUAGUACUCUUUAGACCCUCAGACCUUGCAAGCGAAAAAGAGACUCGAAAAAGUCUUAAUCAAGAAAGAGAGAGAUAAAGAGAUAGGCGACCGUUCUCUUAUAUUAAAAAGGCACAGUCCAGUCAUAUUGUCAAAGUAUCGUUAACUGGAACAAACAUACAACAGUUUCAAUGAUUUGGUAGAUUUCUUUUAAUAAGAGUUGGUUACCAUGUGUAUCAAUCUCUUUACAACUUAUUUUUUUGGGGCGUUUGUCAAAUAGUUGACUUGUUACUAUUUUGAACGAAGAACAACAAGAAUAUUCUAAAGGCAAAUGUUGUUCUUUCAGCUUGUAUGAAAGCUUUUUGCCGGAUUUUAGAGUUAGUUUUACCAUCUGGUUAAGAUACUUGUGAUCGUUUACUCCUAGAAGAUUUCGUAGAGAGCAUUCUGCUUUUUUAAAUAUUAAGACUAAACAUAAUGCUGGAAGGUCAGAUAUCACAUAUCUACGUCUAAAGAAAUCACAGAGAUGGAGUUGUAAGCACAAUCAAAGUGCUCUGUGACCUUGUGUGAAAAGUGAAAUUUACUGUCUAUCUUUGUAAAUAUUGGAAAAUCAAGGCAAUACUCUCUUAAUGAAAACAUUAAUUAUCCCCUCUUUAUCAAAUGAGACAAACGGGAACGAGUUUUGAGUGAUAUAACUAAGCCCAUACUGCCACCGUCAUUUUGGAUUUCCGCCCAGGUAGAUUUUGGUCACGUGCUAAGCAACGCGUAAUCAAGAAUAAGAUAGAAUCUCAUUUCAGGCCUAUUUAUCAAUUUUUGGAGUAUAACUUUUGCAUUUCAAAUUGUCUUGAAACUUGAAACAAAAUUGUUCUUUAAAAAUUCACUGAAAAUCGGUAGCCAAAAUUAUUUGUUUAAGUGUUAGUUGAUUUUCGUGUUAACCUGUAAUUUUGUCAGUCGCCGGCACCUUUUGUUGCUUAACACAGAAAAAAACACACGAUACGGAAUGUAAUGAUCGAUUUUGUCCCCAAUCUCAAGCCAUAACAGAAAAAGCUUAUGAACACCUGUAAAAUCCGAGCGCUUAGGAGUAAGUGAUAUUUUUAAUGAAUCUUCGGGUUGUUUUCAAGUUCAAGGAUUGUAAAUUACAAUUUUAUGAAAAACGAAGGUUGUUCUCUUAUUUCAGUGUGAAUCCUCGCACGCCUGACAGUCGCUGGC